GUACGAACUAACCCUCAAACCGGGCAGAUUAUACAAAAAUUUUACUUCGUGAGAUCAGUGAUUAAAAUAACGAGUUGCACAAUGUUUAUCAAACACAUUUUAAACACGAUUAGAAAUAUAUUCUGAGAAUUAACAAUUGAACUUACACUACAUUAAUGUAAGGUCGUUGAAAGUAAAUAAAGAUUUUGCGGUUUCUGCUACUGGUACCACUUUACUCGGCUCAGCGCUCUACUGUCAUAACUUUACUGCCUGUACUGUGUACUGGCCUCUCUAAUUUCACUAACCUAAACAUUCGCACCCAGUCGCCCGAACUCAAAGUUCCGGCGGUUCCGCAACAACACUAAUAUCAAUUUAAUGCCAUCAAGGUGCUAUAUCAAAGUGGAAAAAUCUUUUAAAACCCCUCUUCGUGCGUUUUUUAGAGAAUGGCGAACAUCUCCAAGAGGAUAUUAGUUGAAACCAAAAACUUAUCAAAGGAUCCGCCACCUGGUAUCAGCGCAUAUCCAGAUGAAGACAACUGUAGAUACUUCCAUGUAAUAAUGACUGGACCUAGUGGAUCUCCCUAUGAGGGAGGACUCUUUCAAUUGGAACUAUUCCUACCAGAAAACUAUCCGUUAAAUCCCCCAAACGUGCGCUUCCUCACAAAGAUAUACCAUCCAAACAUUGAUAAGUUGGGUCGUAUAUGCCUGGACAUUCUGAAAGAUCAAUGGAGUCCAGCAUUACAAAUCAGAACUGUUCUGUUAUCAAUUCAAGCACUCCUAGGCAGUCCAAAUCCAGAUGAUCCGCUCGCAAAUGAUGUCGCGAAGAUGUGGAAAACGAACGAGGCUGAAGCAAUCAUGAAGGCUCGCGAAUGGACGAGGGAGUACGCCGUCAUUGAAGAAUCCCACUGAAAAUAUGUGUCUCUUUUAUCAUAUCAACAUUUUUAUAAUGGUAUAGUUUCAAAGAGGUCAUAAAUUAGUUGUUGGUCUAAAAGAAGGGCACAGGACAUGCAUUCUUUUAGAAUGACUUCUCAAUUUCCUUUAAGUAUACAUAGCAGAUAUGAUAUAUAUUUAUAUCUUGGAGAUAUAUUCAUCAUACACUUUGAUUUGAUUGACUUUUUACUUUAAUGGCGCAUUUUGUUUGCAUUCACUUCUAUCUCCCAAUGACAAUGAUGAGUCUUGAAAAGGAGAACUCAUUUUUGGAAAUUUGUGUCUGUGUGUUUUAGCCAUGAUUUUCCACAAGAAUUCCAAUUGUACAUAAUAGUAUUUUUAAGUUUCUCAUGAUCAAAUUCCAGUGACCAACAUUUUUUAAUUUUAUUUUCUUUAUGUUAUUAUAAUUGCUAUAAUUAUAUUACAAUUUAUUUAUAGAGAAGAAUCACGUAGUUUAAUUAAAUCGUUAAUGAAA